AUGGUUGUUCCCCCAAUUCCUGUCGAUGACGAUUAUAAUUAUGAUCUGACGUCAGCGGAAUUAGACGAUCUUUACAAUUUCGAUGACUCAAAUUAUGAUCCAUCAGAUUACUCAAUACUGGAUGACUAUCCAGAACUUGAUUAUAGUACUAUAAAUAUACUUGAAGAUUCGGUAACUGUCAAUGUAAAUCUUCAAGCUUUGGCACUUCUCUUCAAUAUUUUUCAUUUCAUAAUUCUCACUCGGAAGCCACUACGUUCCAAUGCAAUCUUUAUGUAUAUGAUUGCUAUUUGUUUAUCUGAUAUUCUGAAUUUCUCUCUUUGUAACUAUGAUCCGUAUUUACCGUAUACCUUAACCGCGAUUCCCCGAAAGACAGUUAUAGAUGACGAAACAUACUACUGUUUGAAAACUAAAUGGGAAGCAAUUAAUGCGGAAGGACAGAUUUUAUCAACAUUAUUUGAGAUCACAAAACGGUUAUCCAUUUGGCUUUCCAUUAUAAUGUCAUUUAUCAGAACCAUUGCCGUGAUAUUUCCAAUGAGUGACCGGGUACAAAACGUGGCAACUGUCAAGUGGACCUUAAUAAUUAUUCUGAUAGUUAUGGUGAUUUGGAUAAUUUUUCACACGUGGUUUAUAUUUUGGUUUUUACGAAUUCAUUGGUUGCCGGAUGUUAUGCCAAAGAACGUGUGUCCACCUCAACCGAAAAAUGAAAUCGAUCGAUACGUUGUCGUUGCACCAUUGGCAUUGGAUGAGAAACUUUCGAAAUAUCUCAACAUUCCUGAAAUAAUUUUGAAAUUCCUUCCUUUUAUAAUCUAUCCCAUUCUCACAAUUGCUCUUCUCAUUCAAAUUCAUUCUUAUAAAAAGAAGAGACAAAAAAGUGUUUCAACGGAGAAAAAGUCAGAUAACACAAGCAAAUUGGUUUUAUUCAUGACAAUUACUUUUAUGUUAUCCGAAGGACUUGGAGGAGUUGAUGCCAUCAUUCAAUAUACUCUCCUUUUUUGGAUGAAAUUGAACAUGAAAAAUAAUAAUUUGUUGGCAUAUAUUGAGAUAUGUCGAAAUCAAUAUCCUCUCCUUCGAACUAUAAAUAUAUUAUCUCAUUGUAUUGUUUGUCUUUUAAUGUCUGCUCAGUAUAGAGAUGCUACCAAGUCUUUAUUCUGUUGUUGCAAGAAAGAAGAACCCUGGAAAUCUGCGGGUACUGUAGUCCGAAAGAGUACUUCUGUUUCGAAAACAUCACUCGGUGCGGUUGGAUAA